UCGGACCAUGGGCUGUGUGCAGGAGGUGCAAGUGCUUUGUUAAGCGACCUUAUCUUUGUUUAGGAGCUAGAAGCAACCAGGUCUGGGGUACACUGUGACUCGUCUGGGCGCGGGGCAAAGGUUGACAUGCCAUGCAGGUAUUUUGGGCAGACAGUGCUGAGUGCCUUCGGCCAUAGGUCAGGGUACUGGGCCACCGAAAUUAUGAGACACUGUCUGACCUCAAUACAUUUCAAGUAACCGGUAGUACCAGCUAUCAAUGAGAUUAUUUAUUUGCAGGCAACACACUUAUGAAAAUCAGCAGAGAAUGGCGUCCUAUGAGAAAGUAGGGACCGUUUCCAGCAUCUUCAUCUACCCAGUGAAGUCCUGCAGGGGACUGUUGGUGGAGGAGGCUUUGGUCACUCCAAUAGGACUGAAGCACCAAGCACUGUUGGACAGGCACUGGCUGGUGGUGAAUGAUAAGGACCACUUCAUCACAGCUCGGCAGGAGCCGUCCCUUGUCCUGGUGAAGUCCAGCCUUGCUGAAGACGGGAGCCUGUGCCUGGAUGCACCUGAAAUGGACACCCUGAAGCUGCCAAGCAGUCUGCAGGAGGGCAGGCUUGUCCACACAAAAGUGUUUGCAGUGGCAGGAGAAGGAGUCGACUGUGGAGACCAGGCUGCAGAGUGGUUCUCCUCCUACCUGAACAAGCCGGGUACCAGACUGCUGUAUUCAGCAGCACAAUGCAAGAAGAGGGACCUGAAAGAGUGGAAAAUGUUUGCUGAGUUUGCAGAGACUGGAGAUAAGGUUGCCUUCCCCGACUAUGCUGCCUUCAUGAUGCUGUCUGAGGCCUCCCUGGAGAACCUGAACACCAAGCUGGACCAGCCGAUUUCUAUCAGGAACUUCCGACCUAACAUCGUGGUGUCGGGGUGUUCUCCUCACGCCGAGGAUUCCUGGAAGUCCAUCAAGAUUGGUGAAGCUGAGUUCAGGAGGAUGAAGCAGUGUGAUAGGUGUGUCUUCACCACCAUUGAUCCUGAGACAGGAGUGAAGGGUGGAAAGGAGCCUCUGGAUACACUCAGGGGUUACAGGCUGGCUGAGGGACCAAUGAGGAAGAAGGUGGGCACCUCGCCCAUGUUCGGGUCUCACCUGGCUGCUGACAAGGAGGGCACCAUCCAUGUCGGGGAUGCCGUGCUCGCAGAGGUGGACUGAGAGACGUCCGCGCAUCUCAGCUUCCUCUGGUCGCUGUCAUAAUUUAGUUUCAUUCAAACCCACAGCGGUUGUUCUAACACAAAAGAGGGAUGAAGAGAGGCGGAAAUUUAUUCAAUUGUACUAACAAAAGUGGUGUAGUCUAAUGUUGGAGAUGAUAUUGAAAAUCUUGACUCCUGGGUGUUACUUAUGAAUACUUAAUCAAUAUUAUGUAAUACAGAAUAAAUCAAGCAACUGGAUAAGAUCUCGGACCGGAGUUUCCUUCCGUAUUUGGAGCAAUUUGACACCCUCAGCCCGACGGGCUGUCAUUUCUGUACUAAACGCGGGUCGGAAUUUUUCACUCUUUAGGUGGAAAGGGGUGCCGUUCCGCUUAUGAAUACACUUGAUUGAUAUUUUGUGCGCCCAGUUUAUUUAGGGGUAAAUAAGGCACAUCAAAGUACAUUUUUAAAUAAGGGGUCAUUUUUUUCGUCAUUUUUAACCAUGGCUGCAUGGAAAAAACGAAUUUUCCCAGGGUAACGGCUUAGUACUCGAAGAAGCUCAGAACGUAAUGUUUCCAAAAUUAGAAUUUAAUCGAAAUCGAUGGGAUACGUUUACCGCUACCUUCGAUGGCCCGAACGCACCCACAACGCAUAUAGAACGUACCAUCCCGGCGGACAGGCAAAAAGGCCACAUAACCAUCCGCGCGGACUAAUACCAGGAAGUCUUCGCUGGACCACCAACAUUGCGCCACCUAUAAAGGCUACAACUAACAGGCUUUUCAGAAAAUACAAAUAUAUGUACACAGAUAUUACGAUUACGGGAUUAUCGCGGCCAAACAUACCAUACAAAGUCACGUUUCCGGCGAUUUACUGCGCACUUACUUAGACUCUGGUCAGAUUUAAACUCCGACCCGGAACCUUAAAUCCUCUGAAAAGUUGCUUGAUUUUUUUUGCAUUAUGUAAUAUUCUACCUGGAUGUAUAAUCUUCAUGGAUGUGUGUUAUGCCGAAGGGUGGUUAUUCUGGCUAUACUGAUACAGAAAAACCUCAUCAAUAAUUGUCAAUCAUAGUGGUCACUGAAUUGCAAGAUGCAAAGGACAAUACCAGAUCAACCUUGCAUUCUAUUUCCCAAAUAAGGGCCAACAGUAGUUAUUUUAUCAGCUAUUUCCACAGGUCAUAUAUACAAAAAAAUGUAUACAUGUAUAUACUGGUACAUGUACAUGAUGCAGACCAGCAUUUGUUUUUCAUAGCUUUAUUACCAACCAUUAAUCAUGCUAGUUUAUGGUCUCUUGAAUGGAUUUUAUGGGUCAACCUGCACAUGCAUAGCCUCUAAUCAGGGAUUUUAAAGUUUUGAGUAGAAAGGUGUAUUUUUGAUAACAUUUUGGAUUGGCAUGAGAGAAGUCAAAAUAAACUAACAAGGUUUAA